CUACACAUUAUGCAAAAGCCCAUGUGUGGCAGCACAAUAAGAACACAAGUACAGCCCAAAACCACCCACCAUUUCUGUCCCCACAGCAUAAAAUCCCCAUAUAAGACUCCCAUUGAUUCCAAACUCCUACCAAUGUGAAAAGAUUCAAUGAUAUUACAUUAGAGCAGAUGAUUAUCUGAUCUUACUCAGCAUUUCCAGCUCUCUAAACAUUGCCUAUAAAAGAUCCACUUAAGAAUGUCUAAGGAGUUGGAUGCUGAAAACUGCAGUAUGGAAGUUGGUAAGCUUCAAACCAAUCGAAUUGCACCCGAAGAUCGCUGCAAUUUCGCGUAUUUGAUCCAUUUCAUGCUCGGCGCUGGCAACUUACUGCCUUGGAAUGCUCUUAUAACGGCUGUCGAUUACUUCGGAUACUUGUAUCCGAAUGAACACAUUGAUAAGGUGUUUUCGGUCGCCUAUAUGGGUUCUUCUCUGCCUGUUUUGGUUGUUCUAAUGAGCUGGACUAACUGGGGUAGAAGGCCGAGUGUGAGAUUGAGAAUGAACUUGGGCUUUUCGAUGUUUGUUGCUUCGCUUCUCAUAGUGCCUAUCAUGGACUGGACUUAUACGCAUGGGGUGAGAAGGUCGGGCAGGGCCUACUGUGUGACCAUUGCAGCGGUGGCCCUCUGUGGUUUGGCUGAUGGGCUGGUGGGAGGAAGCUUGAUUGGAUCAGUUGGUGAAUUGCCCAGACGGUAUAUGCAGGCGGUUUUUGCGGGAACUGCUUGUUCAGGCGUUCUCCUUUCUACGUUGAGGAUUAUAACGAAAGCAUCACUUCCACAGACUCCGCAAGGCCUACGAACAAGUGCCCAUCUCUACUUCAUCGUCAGCACGCUCAUUGUAUUGGGGUGCAUUGUCUGUUUCAACAUCUUAGGCCAGCUGUCGAUCAUGCAGCAUUACAGGUGCAGCAAAAAUCCAGUAAUUGGAAGCCACAUCUCCCUCCCAGAAGGCCCACCAUCAAGUUCCACCACCAUCAUGCUUGGUAACACAAGUGAUCCUACCGUGCGGCCCAAGUUCUGGGCCGUGUGGAAGAGGAUUCGAUGUCUGACAGUUGGAGUUCUAGUGACAUACAUUGUGACUCUGUCCAUCUUCCCUGGAUACAUAACUGAGAAUGUGCAGUCGAAUGCGUUACAUGACUGGUACCCCAUCUUGCUGAUAACAACAUACAAUGCAUCCGAUCUGGUGGGGAAAUGCUCGACGGCAGCAUAUGUUCCCAAGAGUACUAAAAAGGUUACAUGGGCUUGUGUUGCUAGGCUGCUGUUCUAUCCACUCUUUGCUGCCUGCCUACAUGGGCCUGCAUUCUUCCGAACUGAGAUUCCGGUGAUGAUUCUAACUAGCGCGCUCGGAAUGACUAAUGGGUAUCUGACUAGCACGCUCAUGAUCCUUGCUCCGAAAUCUGUACCAGUUGCAGAAGCGGAAACCGCCGGCAUUGUGAUGGCUUUAUUUUUGGGAAUUGGGUUAGCAGGCGGAUCAGUUCUUGGGUGGUUCUGGCUAAUUUAGAUUGCGUUCGGAUGCUCAAUCAAAUUGACAUGUUAAAAUUCAAUCUGACGAAGCAGAAAUUACAGAAGUGGGGCUAGCCCCACUUAAUUCAUUCGUCAUGGACUAAAACUCAAAUUCAAAUUAAGAUUGUUUCUGGUCCAAAAUGGAACUUAUGAAAUUGCAAUCAGGUGUUUGAUUGUUAUUAUGAAUUAAAAUGAUGUGUGCAUUGAA